AUGGGCGACACGACACAACGGCCAGUCAACCCCAGCCAAUCCAAUCCAGCAUCCACCGCCCCAGCCAGCCAGCGGAUGGGCCACAGCGAAGCCAAACAAGGGAACCGCAACCACAUGCCACGGCCACCAUCGUCAUCGCUGAUGGAGCAGAAAGAGAAGACGAAGAGGGAAGAGUGGCGGGCACGGGCCGUGUCCUUCCUUGUCUUCAUCGGCGCAGCCCCAAACACGGUGCACAGCGCGCAUGCACACGCACGGCCAUCAUCACAGCAGCACCAGUGGCAGCAGCGAGCUACCCUGCCUGUGAGGCAAGAAGAAACCAACCAAAGACGAACAACGAUGACCGGUGGUGCUGCACAUCGCAUGGGGAAGGCUGAUGAUGAUGAUGACACAGAGUAG